CGGCGUUUGGUAUGGAGUUGAAGGUGCCGAAGCGAACGUCGACCGUGGACGCUGCUGCCUUGUUCGUUGCCAACGGUCACGUUGGACUCAGGCUUCGGGCUUCAGGCUUUGGUGUAGGAAUGCCGGGCUGGAGUGAUUGGUGUGGAUGUUGCAGAACCCGGACUGCAGUUGGGAAAUAGCCUUAGGCGUUAGCUUGCUUACCUUAGGUAGGGUGAGGUCAAGUUCCACCUUCUGCAAAGCGCCUAC